CGCAGGUAGCAGCCACGCGGCAGCCACCUUCAACGCAGCGCGAUCGUCACCGACGACGUCCCGUCCGAGGCAAGCUUUGGGGUUAGUACCGCUUUCAGUUUCGGUGCGCCGCAACGGCGUGCAAUGCGCGGCGGCGAUGAUGCACGUUCUUUCCAGCGUGUCGUCGUGCGAAGGGAGGGCCUGGCUGGCGGCGGGGGAACCAUCAGCGGGAGGAGGUCGGACGAUGGCGGGGGGGGGUGGUUAAUUGCCCUCCAUUGCAGUUUGUUGUCCGGCGGCUGCCGAGGGGACAAGGGUUGCGGGGGUGGGGCGGCGGCGGCGGUAGACGUCGCGGGUUCUUUUUGCGCCUGCGCGAUCGACAGGUAUGCACUCCGCAGCUCGUUCUUCGAUGGCGGGUCGGGCGCGGCUCUCGCGAUGGCGACAGACGUGGCAGGGUCGUUGGGCGGCGCUGGCGGUGGCGGGGCCGGGGGCCUCCUCGGCGCGCAGAUGAACAUCUUUCAGCGUAUCGUGCGCAUCGUCCGGUCUUACGCGAACGCUCUGGUACAAGGCGGCGGAGACCACGGCCAGCGACUGGCGCUCGAGAAAGGGGAUGAGAUGCUCGCCAAGGAGGCGCUAAAGAGGCGGAAGGAUUACGACGAUAGCGCCAAGGCACUUAAAGCGCAACUAGACCAGCAAAAAGUGGUCGUCGACAAACUCAUUUCCAACACGAGAUUGCUGGAGACGAAGAUUCAGGAAGCGAAGUCGAGGAAGGGCACGCUGAAAGCGCGCGCGCAGUCGGCGAAGACGAGCCAAAAGGUUCAGCAGAUGGUCGGGUCCAUAGAUACCAGCAGCGCGCUGGCGGCGUUUGAGAAGAUGGAAGAGAAGGUUCUGGCGCUGGAGUUCGAGGCGGAGGCUGUUGCGCAGAUUGGCACGGAUGACUUGGCCACUAAAUUCCCUCUCCUGGAAGGGGAUUCUGUCGAUGAUGACCUGGCGGCGUUCAAGAGAGAUGUGGUAGGUGGAGGAGCGGCGAAGAGACCGGCGGAAAGGAAAUGGAGGAAGAGGAAAACAAGAAAAGAUAGAGGAGGAGAAGAGAAAGGCAGAAGUCGAACAAAGAAGACAACAAUUGGAAGAGGAAAGGCGCGAGGAGAAGAUCCGGAGAUGUUCGCGGAAAUCGAACGAAGAAUGAUGGAAGAAUGCGACAGAAGGGACAAAAAGAUUGAAGAGGCGGAAUUGCGAACGAUAGCGGCAGUGUCAAGAGAUGUGCGAAAUUUGAGGGCUGAGAUAAGGACUGAAAUCCAAAUGAUGUUAGCAGUGAACUCCAAGACACCGAAACGAGACCGAGAUGUACUAGCGAGCGGGCUGGAUACUUGUAUGAUGGAGGAAGAAGUGCUGACAGACGAUGGUGCGAGGAUACCGCCAAAGAGAGCAAGAGGGAAGAGAAAGGCAGAAGGAAAUGGAGGAAGAGGAAAACAAGAAAAGAUAGAGGAGGAGAAGAGAAAGGCAGAAGUCGAACAAAGAAGACAACAAUUGGAAGAGGAAAGGCGCGAGGAGAAGAUCCGGAGAUGGGUAGUCUACGCCAUCAAGAGACGUUAUAAGGAUCUGGUAAUUACGCAGGUUGACAGGAACGGGGGAGAUCUGGUGCUGAUGUGCCCUUCUUCAGACCAACAUGGCUUGGACAAAAUGUUCACCUGGAGUGCAGCCUAUGAUGUGGUUAGUCGCGGCGAAGCGGAAACAUUGAAGGAGAUGAAGCGCAAAUUUGUAAGUCUUGAUUUGCACAAGCUGGUGAACCGGAACUUGAAGGGGAAGAUCGGUAGUCCGUACGUACUACCCAAGCACAAGGAUCUUGAACGGUGGCGACCCAUAGCUCCAGCUUACAGCGAACCCACGAUGACAGGCAGGCGUUGGAUCGCAAGGGCGCUCAACUACUUAUUGGAGAAGCUCCCAGGAGCAAAACAUUUCAACCUCAAUGCGACAGCCUCGCUCAAGCAAAAUUUGAAGAAAGCUGAGAAGAAGCUUCACUUAUUCGGAGGUGGUCAAGAUGAAGUUUUGAUGAGUAUGCACGAUGUCCGCUUCAGAUCCCGACUUCUUCAGCUCUUGAUCCAGGCCCAUCUCCCGAAAGAUGGGAAGCUGCCGGUGACGCCACAGCACCUGUCUUCGGCGGUCGAGAUGCUCACCAGACAUCACUUGUUGGCAGAGCCGGGGACAAAUGGUGACCUUGGAUCGAUGCGCAUGGGAGGUCCUGCGGUUUUCACCAGGAAUGGCACACUGGAUGGGUGUGCGGGCAAUGGUACCACGUCGCGGAAGCUCGCCGUUGACGCAUGGGCUGACCGCCUCGCUUCUUUGCUUGCUAGCCCUGUUGUCGAGAACAGAGCAAUUGGAGCCUGCCUGCUAGGCCUCACCUGCAAAGAGUGUUUGCAGUCACGGUUCCUUGAGUGCUACAGUGGUUGGUUCUCAACGCUUCUGACAAUGCUGAAGUCUAUCGAGUCGUCUUUCGUCAGAGCUGCAGCCUGUGCUGCCCUCAGCGAUCUGCUUGCCAGGUUGGGUUCCCUCAUCGACUGCCCGGGAGUAAGGAGGGAUGGUUCAGCGCUGGUGUCCAAACUGACCGUUCCACUCUUGCAACUGCUGAGGGAUGUGCAGUUGCGUGGAAUUUGGCUGGAGGGGGUUGAUCUGAUAUGCACUGUCCUGAAGACUUUCCCGCUUUGUCUUCGCAGCAGCUUUGAAAAAGUGGAAGCGGUGCUUGUGAUGAUACUGAUGAACACUGGCUGCAAGAGCUCUCUGAGGCAGAGGUGUGCAGAAGGGCUUGCCUUGCUGCCUCGUGCAGUUGGAGACUCUAACACGUGGAGCCUUUUGAUCCGAAGAGUUCUUGUGGCCGUCAACAGUGAACUAGAUGUGGCGUUUGCCGGGUUGGAGGAUCCGGGAUCAGCGGAGGUGGCUAUGGCGGAACUGCUUCCACGUCAGCAAGAGAUAUUGCCGCUUGGCGGUCCAUCGGUUGCAGCUGAGGUAGCAGCAUUCGCUGACGGAGAGACUCCUUUUUGGCGAAGGUUUGUGCCACGCGUCUCGGCCCUGUUUCACACCUUGGAGUACAUGCUUACCAAUCCCUAUCCCUCACCUGUUCCUAUGCCUCUGAGGCCAUUGCUUGCGCUGAUCAUGAGGGUUCUUGCAGUCGAUGGCUCGCGUCCUGUGGGCAUGUCGUCACUUGGCGGCCAGGCCAGCCUCAGUCAGCAAGCAUCACUUUGCUCAGAAUUGCCCGUCCUCCAUGCAGGGGCUUUGAAUCUUCUGUCUGCCACUCUCAGAGGUGCUCGAAGACAAUUGUUGCCUGUUGCAGGAGAGAUUGCGAGGCUGAUGUCCGACUGUCUCCGCAGAUCGGCGACACUGCCGGACGACAAGAGAAGCGCUGCGUUCACGUUCAAAAUCCACCUGUACAAUGUCAUUACGGAGUUUCUGUAUGCAACAGGUGCAGGGGGAAUGGUUUUGUCGCUUGCUCCCGUCUUAGUUGGCAUUGCCGUCUCAGACUUGCGAGGACCAGGGAGAGGAGGUGCUGGUGGUGGAAUGAUGAAGUCCUAUUCGAACGACCAGUAUAAGGGCAACCAACUCCUCCGGCAAGGGCCUGCUGGUGUUUCUUCACCUUCAAGACAAGCUCCUUUGGUCGGCAACACAUCAGCUUCGGGGGUUCCGUCGGGCCAGCACGGUUCUGUGGGUGUGUCCACACCGCAGCCAAAUCUUCAAUCUGGUGGAGGGAUCGGAAUUAAUGGUCACCACAGUCAGGCAUCGGCGUCCACUAUGCGGAAGAGGAAAGAACCGAGUGGAACUGUGGCAUCAGAUGAACAGCUGCCAGCACUUGUAGGGGCCAGUAUUCUUUUUUCUGAGGAGGGGGGAGGGUCUACAGAUUCAGUUAUGGUUGCAAUGUACAUUGCUGUGUUGGAAGUUUUGGAAGCACUUUUGACAGUGGGGGGAUCGAUGCUUCCAGAGAGGUGGCGGGCGGAGGUGGAUGCUGUGAUCAUCAAUGUGGCUAUGGCGGUUUGUCACAGUGCAGAGAUCAGUGUAGAUGGUGGCGGAGGAGUGGGAGAUGCUGCUGAAGGAGCUUUGGGAGGGGUCAAAACGGUCACGCACACCCUCAAGAUUGCAGCAUGCAAGGCACUCUUGGCGUCAGUACUUGCACCUCGCUGUCACAGACCACCGUUCCUUCCUCAGGCAUUAUCUAUUUUCAGACGUUGUCGCCACGAGGCAGGGACGGAGCUGAGCCAGUUCUGCGCCCAUGCGUUGCUUGCUUGCGAACCACUCCUUCAUCCGCGAGCUCUACCAUAUCCCGCCACAACAUCGCCCAUUUUGAGUGCACCUGUAGGGCAUGGAAAAGGGUUUGUGGCCCUGAGCAACAAUCAGGCAGCGAAUAAAACGUAUACCACUAACUUGAACAGAGCAGCUUCAGGCAACGCGGCCGCGUCAGAUCGAUGGAUCGACAGCCAACAUCAUCCGGGCAGCGGCGACCCAUGGGCAGAUUUAGAUUCAUGGUUGGGGUGUGCGGACUAUGCUAGCGACAUGGAACGGGCUGCGUUCGGGCUCUCCGGGUUCGAUCUCAUGGAUAUAAAUGGUGCUAUGAUGCCGACUAGUGACUCUCUGCUCGGUAACGCGGGUGGAGGGAACCUCGAAACAGCUGCAGUGUUUGGAUAUGGCGGUGCAAACCAGCAAGGUGGCAGUGAGGUGGGAAUGAGAGACGCUGACCAGGUCGGCCGAGGUCCCGCUGCUAUGGCCGAUAGCCCUUCCCCGGUCUAUACUGCCCGCCUGGCAGCAACUGGUGAAAGCAAGGACAUUAUCAUGCCUGAUGUAGGCACUACAUCGCAGAGGGGCUGCAAGUCCGGAGAACUUCUUAUGAAAACUUCCACCUCCUACAGCACUGUACCAAUGGCAAUAGUGAAAGGGACGUCGCCGGGCAACAAUGAACUGAUGAACAGAGUGACAGGAGGGAGAGGGGUAGAUCAUGCAGGGGCUGAACCAAAUCUGCCCACAGAGAAGCUGGGAACCGGGUUACGGACAUCAGUUACAACAGGCACAGCAGCAACAUCGGGUGGUGGUCACGCUGGCAUGAGGGAUUUGCAUGGGAUAAUGGAUGUUGAACCGUCAGCGGGAGGUGGCGCUGGAGGUGGGGGUGGGGGUGGGAGUCGAGAGGUACGCGAUGCUUACAGAACAGGUCUUUUGGACAGACCUUAUAUGAUGGGUAAAGGGGCGGAUAAAGUGGAAGGUUGUUCUACAGUCAGAGGAGGAUCUGGCCCUGUAGCCACUGCCAGUUUGCCUAUGCGGCUGGGUGUGGAUCCGGAUCCGGGACCUUGCGAAUUGAACUGGAGUAGAGGAUCAUCAGGAAGUGACAAGACCCCACCUUUGGUCUCAUCAUCCCCCUCCAACACCAAAUUACAAGUGGAUGAAAUCGGUGGAGUGGUUUCGGUAGGCGAUGGACUUGUGACUUCUGUGUCUGCAUGGCCCCAUGCUGCUGCUGUCGCUUCUGAUGAUGCCUCCAUCCCUGUUGUAGAGCGCACUAGCCCGGGCUCUGCUGAAAUACCUUCCGCAGCAACGCGCGCACCUCAUACUGGCACAUUAUCGUCAAAACAUAGUCCGCAGGCGGAAGUCUCACAGCCACAACUGCGAGCGGCUUAUCAGGAGGCUGUGGCUACUGGAGGAACCGAACAUGUUCUAGAUGACGAUUCUGACGGACCGCUGCCAGACAUUGUUGAUGGCGAUCCUGAUGAAAAUAUGGAAUGAGAGACAGAGCGCACUAGCCCGGGCUCUGCUGAAAUACCUUCCGCAGCAACUGACACGCCUGGUACUGGCACAUUAUCGUCAAAACAUAGUCCGCAGGCGAAAGUCUGGCUGCCACAACUGCCUGCGAGUGGCUUAUCAGGAGGCUGUGGCUACUGGAGGAACCCAACAUGUUCUAGAUGACGAUUCUGAUGGACCGCUACCAGACAUUGUUGACGGCAAUCCUGAUCAAAAUAUGGAAUGAGAGAGAGAGAGAGAGAGGAGAUUUGUUCUAGGUCUUGUGACUAUCCCUGGUGGUAGUUGGGCAGUUUGUCUAGCGCGCUGAGUGACUGACCUGACAUCGGCAAUUUGUCUACCGCAUUGCCUAAGCGACAUCACGAUGCAUGCCUUUGUUUCAGCCGCGAUGACCUCCCUGUUUGGGUUGUCGGUUUGCUAGGCGGUCGAUUGCCCCUACUGGCAGUCUGGCAGUUUGUGAUAUUUCAGCAGUUUGUGAUAUUUCGUGACCAAAUUGACAUCGACAGUUUGUCUAUUGCAUUCUUUGAGCGACGUGACGAUGCUGCUACUGGUAGUCUCGCAGUUUUGAUUUCAGGAGUUUGUCUACUGCAUUUCGCGAGCAAAUUGACGUCGGCUGUUUGUCUAUUGCAUUUGCAUUGUUUGAGCGACCUCGCGAUGCACCCCUUCGUUUCGUUGGUGAGAAACCCAACCCCCCAUUUUGGUUGUCGGUUUGCUAGUUGCUCAUUUUUUUUCAGUUAAGAAUCUUUAGAUCGUACAAGGCCACUCGUUGAAUCCAGUCACUGCGCUCUUUACAUGCUUUGGCUAGGUUCUGUGGCACCGAACUACUCAUUCCACUCGCUGGUCUGUCUGGUCGCUUGAUGGUCCAGAGCAAAGCUUUAGGGGCCCAGUGUUAUUGGAUCCUGGCAUUCAGGGCCCGUUAAUUGGGCCCACUUGGUGCUUCUGCUGGUGGACUGCACACAAUUUUAUAGGAAUGGUCAGUUGCGUGGUCCACUCCGCAUUUCUACUGGUAGAUGGCUUAGAAUGAACUUUUACGUCUAUACAGUCUAGUAUAGACAGUUCUUAGACAGUUCCAAGACAGUUCCUUGGGCAUUUGUAUGUCAAUAACGGGCUGCUGUUUAAUCGAAGUGAAUCCAGGAGUCCGUAGGAACGAAGUGAAGAAGAGAGAGAUCGACGAAUGACAGAGUGCUUGUUAGUAGAUUAUCUGAGGCUAUCUACCUAGUGCCUACCAUUAUCAAGCCCGCUGGCAACGCCCCCUCCCCAUUGACACUGGCUGAUGCUUUCUGGGCCUUUUCUGGCCAUCAGAUUUGCAUCUCGCCAGCCUUAGUUU